UUCCUCCCAUCCCGGCCGGCGGAGCCCCAGAGGCAUAGGCGCAGGCACGCACGCGCGGGCACAUUGACCCCGGCACCUACACGAACGCGCGCGGCGCGCGCCCCUUCCCCGGCUCGCACGCGGGCGGGUGUGUGAGUGUGAGUGUGAGUGUGUGUGAGGAGUGUGUGUGUGUGAGAAAGAGAGAGAGAGUGUGUGUGAGUGUGCCCGCGCGCUGCGCACCUCGGCGCAGCGCUCGGGGCCGGACUGGGCCGGCCGGGCCGGGGACAGCGAGGAUGGAAGGAGGUGCGUACGGAGCUGGCAAGGCUGGAGGCGCCUUCGACCUCCAGACCUUCAUCCGGCAGCCCCACACGGUGCUGCGCCUGGUGUCCUGGGUGUUUGCCAUCGUUGUCUUUGGCUCUAUUGUGAAUGAGGGCUAUCUGAACGACUCAAAAGAAAGUGAGAAAUUCUGCAUCUACAACCGGAACCACAAUGCCUGCAACUAUGGAGUCACCGUUGGUGUCCUGGCCUUCCUCACCUGCAUCCUCUACCUGGCCUUGGAUGUCCACUUCCCUCAGAUCAGCAGCGUCAAAGACCGGAAGAAGGCUGUGAUCUCUGACAUUGGAGUCUCAGCCUUCUGGGCAUUCCUCUGGUUCGUCGGUUUCUGUUUCUUGGCCAACCAAUGGCAGGUCUCCAAACCCGAGGACAACCCUAUGAACGAGGGGACAGAUGCAGCUCGAGCUGCCAUCACCUUCUCCUUCUUCUCCAUCUUUACCUGGGUGGGCCAGGCGGUGCUGGCCUUCCAGAGGUACCGGAUCGGCGCCGACUCAGCCCUCUUCUCCCAGGACUACACGGACCCAAGCCAGGAUUCAAGCAUGCCUUAUGCCCCCUAUGCCAGUGAGCCGGAGGCUGGGCCUGACAUUGGCGGCUCCUACCAGCAGCCUGCCAAUGCCUUCGAUGCUGAGACACAGGGCUACCAGACACAGGGGUAUUAAGCCAAUGAUGGGCCCCUCCCCAAUUCCCUUCUGGCCCCCACACCCACUUCCCCUUGGCCUCUCCAUGUCAGUGGCCAGAGGCAAAGAAAGACACCCCCAUUGCCUUCUCACUCCUAAGCCCCCAGCCCCAGCUAUUACACACUCAUGCACACACAGACUCCACACUUACUUCUCUCUCCCAAUCCCUGCCCUCAUCUCCUCUAAUUGAAUGGAGUUAAUUUCCAUCAUGCUGAGGUACGUGUAUCCUGCCCUUCUCAAAUUUCACUAGAAAUAUCUCUGAGUUCCACCUGGGCCCUAGGGGUGGAGAGAGCAGCAGAACUUCUGGGGGGCACUGACCAUCCAGGGAGUGAAUGAGUGGUGGGUGAAUGGGUAUGGUUGGGGGGAGUGUGUGUGUGCGUGUGUGCGCACAUGUGCAUAAGUGGUUGAGGAAGUUAAGAAAGUGUGAGUAUAUUUGGAUAUGAUGGGUGGGAGAGAAGGGUUUCAAGUUGGUGCGGGAGUGGCAGGGAGGGGUCCCAUUGGCAGAAGAGUCAGGUGUAUUGGGGGAGGACACUUUAAUGAGGAGAGCACUGAAUUCAAGAGUGAGAAGACCUGGGUCUUUGGUUAAAGAGCUUCCCCAUCUGUAGAAUGAAGGCAUUGGCCUCUUUGCCUGCCCUCUUAGGUCCCUCUGGCUCAGAUGUUGGCUGAGGUCUGACUCCCAAUCCCAUCAUAGCCUUUCCCCUCAGACCCUGGGCUCCUUCUCCAGGGUCCUGGUGCUGCGGGCCCCUUUCAGUAUUAUCACCCUUUCUGGGGUCCCACUUGGCUCGGAUGGGAAGGAUUAACAGGUUUCUCUGUGCCUGGGAUAGGAUAGGUACAUGCCAGUGCCAGGGUCCGUCCCAGCUCUAGGGGGUCUCUGCUAUCUGCAUGUCCUCUAGGCCCCGGCGCUUUCCAGAUCAAAGCCAAGGCACUCAUCACCUUCUCUGGCUCACUAACUCCAGGAUACAGGGACAUCACGCUUCUUGCCCAAUGAUGUCCACAGGACUCGCCUCCCUCCCAUCAGAGUUCAGCUAAGUUGUUCACAUGAUGCCCAAGUGCCCCUCAAAGAACUUCCUUCCCCUUUUUGUCCUGAGUUCACCUCCUUUGCAGAUUCCUGGCUCCUUCAGCCUAUGUUAAACUGCAGUGACCCAGUUGUGGAUCCCAGCAUCCCAUGGGAACAGCCAGCACUGCCCGGACAGUCCUCCCCUCUGGAAAACCAGAGCAGCCUCCUUCAUUCUGUGCUUCCACCAAUCCCCAACCUCAUCCAUCUCCCUCCCUCCCCCCCCUCAAAAAAAAAAGUCCAACCCAGCAAUUUAUUUUUGCAUCUCAGAGGCCUAGGGUUGGAAAGGCCCUUCUAAAGGCCCUUCUUGCACGUUUUGUGCAAGUCAGGCUGGCUUUUAUAUGGUCAGACUAUAAACAGCCUGGGUGUGUUGAGCAUUUGGAUCCUGAACCAAUCAAUCAUUCAUCAGACGUUUCUGAAACAGUUUUCCUGGGUUCAGCCUUGCACUGGGUACCGAGGAUGAGAUCCAAGCUGAGGAAGACAGGGUCCUUGUCCUCACAGAGCUCUGGAUCCCAUGGGUGGAGGAGGAGUGGGGAAGGCAUGUCUGUACAUAGAACAUGGGUUGUUAGUGGGUUGGUCUGGUGAUUUCAUUGGUAAAGAGACUGUGAGGAAGACUUCCCUCUCCCUACAUUGGGGAAAAGAGAAAAUAUGGACACAUACUGGCUCUGAAGCUUAGUCAGAGAGCACUCCUGGGGCCUUGAGAGCUUAAGUAUUUACCCAGGUCUUCUAGACUCUGAGGCUGGCUCCCUAUGCAUUGUGCUACCUUGCCUCUCACUGGAGAGCAUGGGGCCUUUGGCUAGAGCAAAGGGAAUGAGGGGUGGAAGGGGAGAAAAGCUUGGAAAGACAAGUUGAGGUCUGCUGGAGAGCCUUGAAUGCCAGCUUCAUGCCCUUCCUCACCUGCUGUCCAAGGACAAGGAGCUUAUAGACUUGCCUGGCCUGUCCCAGCAUUACAGAGUUCCUGGACUUCACGGAAGUGUCCAGUGUCUGUCUGCCUCAUGCUUCCCCAAUCUUUGGAGGUUGGAGGAAUAGCCUUAGGCCCAGAGAAUGGAAUGACUUUCUCAAGGUCAGGAAGGUCUUUAAUGGGCAAGAUUGGAACCUGGCUUCUCCAACACAAAAUCUAGUGUUGUUUACACUAUCCCAUUGCUUCUCAUCCCAGGUGAGGCACCUGGGGCCCAGAGAAGUCAGGACAAUGUGCCCAAUGUCACACAGCAAAUGACAAAGAGAAGAAGGGGGAGGGAAGCCUGGGCUAGCUGGUUCUUUCCAGACCAUUCUGGCCCCAAUGUCCAAAAAUAGGCCCUUGUCUCAGGGAAGCAACAGGCUUCACUGGAGGAUGGACUUCCUCUAGCAACCAGGCUGCUCAGGAAGGAACACUAUAUAUGGGUGGGGAAGCCCUUCUAAGCAGAGUCCAGCUGUAGCCUCCCUCCACCUCUCAAGGCUGGAGAGGUCAUGAAAUAGGCUGGACAGGAGGGUGGCCAGGAGGGAAAAGGGCUGCAGAUUGUGUCCUAUUUGGAUCAGGUGAAGGAACUGAAGAGAAGAGAACAGGACAAAAUGAAGCUUUUCAAGUGUCUGAAGGGCAUUAUAAGGAAGAGACGGUAGUGAAAAGAGACCAGGAUUUGGAGUCAGAGGACUUGGGUUCAGAUCCCACACUGGCUAACCAUGUGACCUUGGAGAUACCCCUUUCCCCAUCUCAGCCUUCACAUCCUCACCCAUACAAUGACAAGGCUGGACUGCAUAGCCUCCAAAUCGAUGAUCUUGUGACUGGGGCCCUUUAAGGUUUCUCUCAUGUUGACAUUUUGUGGGUUUAUGACCUAACUAGCAGCAAUGAGUGGAAAUUACAGGGAAGCACAUUUGGGCUCCAUAAAAGGGACAGAGCUGUUUAAUAGUAGAAUGGUCUGUUUUAGAAAGGUAGUGAGCCUUCUGUCACUAAAAGCUUUCCAGCAGUGGCUGGCUAUAAAGGCUUUGAUGGAGACAGGGAGGAGGUUGGAGAACAGGCUUUGUUCUGCUUCACUAGACAAGCCAGUUCCCUUCUCUGAGGUCCAGUUUCUUCCAUCCACAAAAUGAGGGUUUUGGUCUCUGUCUGCCUUACCUCAUGGAAUGUUGUGAUGUCCAAAUGAGGUAAUAGGUGUGACAAACACUCAAAAUGAUGGUGAUCUUGAAAUGAGAUUCAAGGGGGUACUCCUACCCCAGCACCCCUCACACCACCUGUCCCAUCAUCACUCAAGUGAGGACACUGGAAACUUGUACUUAGGGGUGGAAUUCUGGGCUCUCAUCCUCCUGACACUGCUUACUGUCCAGGAGACCCGGGACAAAGCCCUUUAAAUAGGAGUGCCACCUUGCCUACCUAUCUGAAGGCAAGGUGCUAGGCCAGAUGACCUCUGGGUACCCCUCCUAGCUCUAAAGGGAAGGUGUCUUUAAGUUAAAAUUUGCCCUCAACCUGGUGGGGGCUUGUGGGGGGAGGAGCAUGGUGGAAGAAGGGGAUGCUUCUGGGUGAUCAUUUUCUCUCCUAGCUGGAUUUCAAGUCCUCAUCCUCCCAGCCACUCCCAACUCCAGUCAGGAUCUCCCUAUUCAAUCAUAACUAACCCUAUGUGUAUUGCCCCCACUGACUGACGGCUCUUCUCUGUUCUAACUCUGGAUUUUUCCCUCACUUAGCUCCCAGGAUAUCCCUGAGGGCCUCCAGACCUGUAGGUUUCCUGGGGUAUCUCUAGCAGGUCCCAGCUCUGUUUGAUAGGACUGUGAUGUCUUUGUAUCAAGCAUCUGUUUUCUUCAAUGUGAGCCCAAGGUUUUGACCUCCUAGCCUGUCCCCCCCUCUAUUUCUCGACUUUCACAGUAUCUCUAGGUCCUUGCUGCCCCCCAGACCCUCAACUCACCAAGGGCCCCUAGUCCUUUCCCUUCCUUAGACCUUGCCUUUCUGCCCUUGUCCUGGUCCUGGCUAAAUCUGGGUCCAUGAAUCCUUCACGGAAAACAGAGGGCAGCCUCAAGGGCCACUCGGGGCAAUGCUCCCCACUUUAAGUCGUGGGAGGAUAGGCACCUGUCCCUCUGCCUCCCAAUGCUGCUCCCUCUGACUGCAUCCUUGGGGUGUCUAUAGUCCUAACUGGGUGUCCCCUACUUCUCUCUCCCCCUCCCUGCAGCAUUACUGCCUGUGUAUAGUAUAAAUAUAUAUUUUAUAUAUAUAUAAGAUGUAAAAUAUAAGGCUAUACAAAUCUAUGUGUAUGUGUGUGUGAGUGAAUGUGAGAGAGUGGUAAAGGAUGGUCAGCUCCAGGUGGACCCCAUAUUAGGGUGUUCAUCUGGCUCUCCCCAGUGUAUCCAGACCCCUCCCCUGCCCACCAGCCCUUGGCUACCCCAUCUGGUUGCCUGAGAGAGACUCUCAGAACCCAUGUUGGCUCUGUCCUUUAUAUUUGUGCUGGUCCAAGUGAAGGUGGUGACUACUGGUGAUGUAUCAAUAAAGUGGUGUUCCAAACCCAAGGGC